AUCCAUCCAACCAACAUUCUCCAGUCCAUGGAUCUUCAACCAGAUCGAAAUGUUAGAGCACAAAUACGGUGGCCACCUCAUCUCCCGCCGUGCUGCCUGCAAGAUCCAGACUGCCUUCCGCCAGUACCAGCUCAGCAAGAACUUCGAAAAGAUCCGCAACUCGCUACUGGAGAGUCGUCUGCCUCGACGCAUCUCCAUGCGCAAGGUCCGUGUGCAAAACACAGAGGGUUUCUCUGCUGAACGGGCCCUGGCAGAAGGCUACAACUUGACAGGCAUCCCAUUGGUGCGCUCACCAUCUCUGCCUGCCACAGUUGGUGGCAACCUGACCGACCUGGAAGACUCAUUCACCGAACAGGUCCAGUCACUGGCCAAGUCCAUAGACGAUGCACUCAGCAACUGGAGCCUGAAGACCAUGUGCUCACUGCAAGAAGGCGGCACCUAUCAGUUCAGUGCCGACUCCUUCAGUGUAGCAGCAGCAGCAGCAGCUGCAGCAGGAGGAGUAGGUGGUGGUGGUGGUGGUGGAGGAGGAGAAGGAUGUGUUGGGGGAGAGUCAACGCUUCCUCAAGGCCCACUGGACCCAAGUGACCUGUCGAGAAGUGCGAGCAAGCUGAUGAUGGCGUUCCGGGAUGUGACGGUGCAGUUCGACAGCCAGAACUUCCGUGUUUCAUCCUCAGUCGUGGAAUCAGCCACUGUCACCCUCGGCAGCAGCGUCCAACAAGAAGGAGCCCCCACGACUGUCACAUCAACUUCCACAACAUCAAACUCCUCUCCGGUCUUCAUUCCUCCCGGCCUCGCGCAAGAACCCCCUCCUCCCUGUGCAGAGCUCCCAGCCGAACCCAUAGAUCCACCACCGCCCCCACAAGAGCCCCCGCCACCCCCAGAAUCAGACUUUGAGGAAGGCGAGCAGGAUCCCCUGGAGGUCAAGAGGUGCAGCUCAGAGACAGCAGAUAACAGCUCAGAGCAGAUGAGCAGCAGCAGCACGUCCACAGAGGCACGCUCCACAUCUGAAGCCUCGUCCAAGGAGGCACUGCAGGCCAUGAUCCUCAGCCUGCCACGCUAUCACUGUGAGAAUCCCGCCAGCUGUAAGUCACCCACGCUGUCCACUGACGUCAUGCGAAAACGCCUCUACCGCAUCGGCCUCAAUCUCUUCAAUGUAAACCCUGACAAGGGCCUCCAGUUCCUGAUCUCUCGAGGCUUCAUCCCAGAUACACCCAUCGGCGUUGCCCACUUCCUGCUACAGAGGAAGGGCUUGAGCCGACAGAUGAUAGGAGAGUUCCUCGGAAACAGCAAGAAGCCCUUCAACAGAGAUGUCCUCGAUUGUGUGGUGGAUGAGAUGGACUUCUCAGGCAUGGAGCUGGAUGAAGCGCUGAGGAAGUUUCAGGCCCACAUUCGUGUCCAGGGAGAAGCCCAGAAGGUGGAACGUCUUAUCGAGGCCUUCAGUCAGCGCUACUGCAUGUGUAACCCCGAUGUGGUGCAGCAGUUUCACAACCCAGACACCAUCUUCAUUCUGGCCUUCGCCAUCAUUCUGCUCAACACUGACAUGUACAGUCCAAACAUCAAGCCCGACCGCAAGAUGAUGUUGGAGGAUUUCAUACGCAACCUGCGAGGUGUGGAUGAUGGAGCAGACAUCCCAAGAGACAUGGUGGUCGGAAUCUAUGAAAGAAUACAACUGAGGGAGUUACGCUCCAACGAAGAUCACGUCACCUACGUCUCCAAGGUGGAGCAGUCCAUCGUAGGCAUGAAAACAGUUCUCUCCGUCCCUCAUAGAAGACUGGUGUGCUGCAGUCGACUUUUUGAGGUGACUGAUGUCAACAAGGCCCAAAAACAGGCAGCGCAUCAGAGAGAAGUCUUCCUCUUCAAUGAUCUCAUUGUGAUCUUGAAGCUUUGCCCAAAGAAGAAGAGUUCUGCAGCCUACACGUUCUGCAAAGCAAUGGGCCUACUUGGCAUGCAGUUUCACCUGUUUGAAAAUGAAUUCUACCCUCAUGGUAUCACCAUCCUCUCACCGUUUGGCUCAGACAAGAAGCAGGUUCUUAACUUCUGUGCCCAAAGUGCUGAGGAGCUGCUCAAGUUUGUAGAAGACCUGAAGGAAUCAAUCUCAGAGGUGUCGGAGAUGGAGCAGAUACGUAUCGAGUGGGAGCUGGAAAAGCAGCAGGGAGCCAAGGCACACUCAGUAAAGAACAACGGCACACAGCUAGAGCUGCGUGGCAAACAAGGCUCCCCAUCAGGAAACCAGGAGAUAGAUGAACGAAGUGGACUCAAUGCCGUAGAGGUAAGUGCUUAGUGAUAGGGCCAUGUCCCAA